AUGCCUGUAAGGCAAGUGCAUUAUGCGCCAUUGCCUGGACAUAAUGCCUUGCAACGGCUGAGGUUUGAGCUCAUGCGGAAGCCUCGGCUGUUUUUCAUUUUGUACUUGAUCAUCGUGCUGCUGAUUGCGCGUGCCAUGAUUUUUGUGUUAUACCUGUUCAUCCACACUGAAUCGAUGGCGCCACACCGAGGCUCGAACUGGCAUCGUCUGAACAAGUCACUGAUCCAAGAUGCGAUAUCGAUCGAUCCCACUUCUGCCUCCACGCUAACGAAUGAGGCGUUUCCUGCUGCGACGGACCCCACGAUCAAAUGGCCUUCUCUGGACCUGGUAUACCCAAGAUACAAUCCGCACCGAGGAGAGAUUCCUCCGGAUGUGAUGGCACUAUUGAAUGCGCCCCCUGCUUUGAUGCAUCCACGUGCGCGUUUCAACGGGACGUCUCGGACGGCAUGGACGCACCCUCCUUGGUCGCCCACACGCAAUGGAUCUCGCACACAGCCUGAGGAUGCCAUGCACCCCAGCAAGCAGCCCAAGGAGCAUGAUGGGAGGCCGUAUCCCUAUAACAGGUGGACGUCUCCCCUUGCUGACAUGGACACAUUGUACCCCGAACGACAGGAGCGCGUGCAGUUUGGCUUCGAGGAUGCAUCGCAGUACUCAGGCAAGCGUUUCGAUCCGAAGCGUGAUCAGCUUUUGAAGAAGCGGCAAAAGCUGGUGAAAAGCGCCUUUAUCCGAGCGUGGCAAGGGUACAAGGACUAUGCAUGGGGGGCAGAUGAAGUUACGCCGGUGACGGAGAAGUACAACAACCAUUUCAAUGGGUGGGGAGCGACCGUGAUUGACUCUCUUGAUACGCUGCUGAUCAUGGGACUGGACAAGGAGUACCACUUGGCUCGCGAGCAUGUGCAUGAUGUGGACUUUUAUUUCGUGGGUGGCAGUCGAAGUGCGUAUUCGUCCGCCGAUGGCCGUAUUCCCGUGUUUGAGACGGCGAUCCGCUACUUGGGGGGACUGUUGUCGGCGUAUGACUUGACGGGAGAUGCACUCAUGGUGGAACGAGCUGAGGAGCUUGCGCAGCUCAUGCUGCCUGCCUUCAACACGCUGACGGGUGUGCCGUUGGGCCGUAUGCGUCCGGGCGAAAACGUCACGUACGCGUCCGACUUGGCCCUUCUUUAUUCAGGGGAAGUUGUCUUGGCGGAGGCUACGAGUAUGCUGCUCGAGUACACUCGGCUGUGGCAGGUGACGGGCAACCGCACGUACUUUGACCGUGUGCAGCGUGUGACUGAUUUUCUCGACCGCAACAUGACGAAGCUGAGCCAGUUUGGCACGCUUCUUCCCGCUGUCUUGUACCCGGAGGAGGGCAUCGUGAGUAGCAAGUACUCUUUUGGCGGUGGACUCGACUCGUACUAUGAAUAUCUAGUCAAGGAGCACCAGCUUCUGGGCGGUGUUCUGCCGCAAUAUGAGCGUAUGUUCACGGAAGCGAUGGACUCGGCAGAACAGCAUCUGUGGAAGAACGUGACAGUCGUGCCCCAUGCGCCUUCGCUGUCCGUCGUGGUGAGCUCGAUGGGGCAUGGUCGAAGUCAGGUGUCGCUGGAGCACUUGGCUUGCUUCAGUGGGGGUAUGAUGGCGCUUGGGUCGCGGAUCGUGCCGGAUCGGCGCCACUACCUCAACAUUGCGCGUAUGACCACGGAGACAUGCUACUGGGGCUACAACAGCAGUCUCACGGGCCUCGGUGCGGAAGCGCUGGAGUUUUAUCAUCCGCAGGACAAGGACAUGUACCGCGUGGUCACGGAGGCAGACGGCACGCGGCAUCGUGGUCCGCCGGUCGGCGAUCCGUUUGUGGGUGUGCGCUAUAUAUGGCAUGAAGACUAUCGCAACCGCCCUGAGGUGAUUGAAAGUGUGCUGUACAUGUGGCGCACGACGGGGGAUCCGGUGUGGCAGGAGCGUGGCUGGCAGAUGUUUGCCUCGUGGAUGACGCACUGCCUGACGCGUUCCGGCACCAGCACGAUUUACGACGUGAAUGCUGUGCCCGUGCGGCAUAGCGACAGUAUGGAGAGUUUUGUGCUGGCGGAGACGUUCAAGUACUACUACCUCUUGUUCUCGCCUCCUGACCUUGUGUCGCUGGAUGACUUUGUGUUUUCGACGGAGGCGCAUCCAUUCCUUUUGCCGCGGGCGGGUCGCUGGGCGCGCGCAGGCGACGUUCCGGCCUCGUUCCCGCGUGUAGACCGCCGCUUCCCGGCGAUCCUUCGGCCGCGGGGCCAGGGCACGCCUAUGCAGCGAGGGCUUUGGGAGGCGCAGCGGCAGGCGAGUGGCAAGACGGCGCGGCUGCUCGAGGUUUUGUGGGCCGAGGUCAACGACACGGGCGCCGUCGUGUGA